UCAGGCACCUCCUCUCACAAGCAUUAUUCUUGCAAUCUCUCUGGAGACGCAUUCACUAAAGAUUGAUCUUCGACCUUCGACUAAAGUUCCUUCCACACCUACAGAGAUGUCAGAGAACAGCUCCAGUCCAGAUGAUGCAGUGAUCCGGAUUCUUCUGAUGGGCAGAUUUGGUUCUGGGGCAAGCUCAUCUGGAAACACUAUAGUGGGGGACAAGAGGUUUAAAAUUAAGAAGCAGGAGUCUGAAGUUUGUGAGGGCAAAACACAGAUUGGAGAGAAGCAGGUGCAUGUGAUUAUUUCUUCUGAUCCACUGGAUCCAGAUCUGUCUGAAGAGCAGCUGGAUGAAAUGAAUAUGGAGCUGGUCAAACAAUGUUCAGAAGGCUUCAGUGCAGUUCUGCUUACUGUUCCUCUAGAGGAACCUGUGCAAAAUGAGGAAGAGGUCUUGGAUUUUAUUAAGUGUUUAUUAGGUCCUAAAGUUCAAAAGUACUUCAUGAUUCUGUUCACACAUGAAGAUCUACUGGAGGAACUGGAUGAACCACAGACCAUUGAUGAAUAUUUACAAAACCAUGCAGAUCUCCAGCAGCUGGUGACUGAAUGUGGAGGAAAGUUUCACUGUUUCAAUAACAAGAUUAAAUCGGACGGUCAGAAACUAGAACUACUGCAGAAGAUUGAAGGAAUGAUGAUAAAGAAUGGAGGGAAAUUCAUCAUGGAAGGAAUGAAGAAGAAUGACAGCAAAAGAGGCCCUCCUGUCUUGUUUUCAGGAAAGUCUCCAGCUGAAGAUCCAGAGAAGCUUCAUAUGAUUCCUGAGAGGAUAGACCAGAUCAGGCUGAUUCUGCUGGGAAAAACUGGAUCUGGGAAAAGUGCCACUGGAAACACUAUCAUUGGCAGAAACAAGUUCAAAUCUUUAGCAGGUUUUAUCUCUCAGACAAAACAGUGUCAGUCUGAAACUGUGGUGAGGUUUGGUAAAGAGAUCUCAGUGAUCGACACACCUGGACUUUAUGAUAAUGUACUCAGUGAAAAAGAGAUUAAAACUGAAAUAGUGAAAUGUGUAACAUACGCUUCUCCUGGACCACAUGCUUUUAUUAUCGUCAUUAGAGUGGGACGAUUCACUGAAGAGGAGAAAAACACAGUGCAACAUCUCAAAGAAGUGUUUGGAGAACAGAUACUAAAAUACACCUUGAUCAUCUUCACUCAUAAAAAUCAGCUAGAGGAGAAAAAUAAAACCACUGAAGAGUUUCUACAGAACGGUGAUUCAGAUCUUAAAAAACUUGUACAGAGUUGUGGAAAUCGAUUCUUCUUUCUGGACAACAAGGCUGCCAGUUUCCCACAGUUCAAAGAUCUGAUCAGUAAAAUAGAGGCGAUGAUGGAAGAGAAUGGAGGGACGCACUUCACACAUGACAUGUUUGAGAGAACAGAGAAAUGCAUUCAGGAGAUUCAGAAGCAGAAACUGGAUGAGAAAAUGAAGCAGUACAAACAGGAGAACAAACGGCUCUCUAAAACUGAAUGGAAGAAACUAUACUGCCGUUUAGUUGAGGAGUCACGCCGAGAAGCUGAGCGAUCUUUUUCUGAUAUUUCCACUUCAAAUCUGCAUCUCUGGGGGAAGACCCUAACAAUGACCAGUGAGGAGGGAGCGAGUGCCAAAGAGGAAGCUGAGAGCAAAGGAACUAAUCGUUUUAGGGCAUUUAUGCUUUCUAUCAGACAGAAGAUGUGUGUGAUUCAGUGAAAAACCACAAUGAUCAGACACAUAGUAUGCUAGGGAGUCAAUCCAUCUCAAGUGGUCCAGUGGAGGAGGUUACUUGACAUUGUCAGUUUUUCUCUUUUUUUAGUUUUAAUUUUAUGCUUUACCUGUUUGUAUUCGUAUUGCAAAACCACCAGUUGCUGUUUUUUUCUUACUUGGUUUAACCACAGCAGCAGUCAUAUUUCACUUUUAGUUUAUAGCGCUUUAUACAAUACUGAUUAUUUCAAAGUAGCUUCACAGCAAUAAAUUGAAAAAUAACGGAAUCAAUAAUGCAAAAUUCUUCAUUUCAAAUUCUGCUGUAAAGACAAUCGUGUCAUUAUUCUGAUCAAUUUGUUGUUUACUGCACCACAAAUUUUGGUUAUAUGAAUAUGUAUACAUCUCCGAUCAGGAUGUUUGUAGCUUCCAGAAACUAAUCUUUAGAGCUCAUAAACUUUCAAGCAAUCAACUUUACAAAAUGUGGACUCCUUGAGAGAAACUCUUUUAUGAUGGAUCUCAAUACUGAUUCACUUUGGUUUCUCCAGUUGUCUAGAAGUGAGUCAAACAUGUUCAAACCACUUCAAUCAGAGCUGCAUGCUUUUAUUAUUGUCAUUAAGGUGGAUCAAUUCACUGAGGAGGAGAAAUACAGCUUAAAGUAAUGUUUGGAGACCAUGAACCUCUUCACUAAUAUAGUAUAAAACUGUUGAGCAGUUUCUACACAACGGUG